AUGCAAAUAUGGCGAAAAAGAGGGAGGUCAAAGUUGGAAGAGAAAAAGGAAACAAAAGCCGUAUCUAAUCUUCCACGUGGCCACAGCUUCUAAAUUCUCAUGGUGGCAGUAGUUCCGUAGUAGAACCCUCAUAGUAGUUCACGAUGUUUAGCUUUAGCAGACUCGGUCUCCUCAACAGGUAAAGAGACCCAUUCAUUCAAAACCAUCGUGUGCAAGCACACGCGAGUUUAUUAUAUAUUCCUAAGCAACAAUAAACAAAGCCUCUUCCCUACAUAUAUACCAAUUAGCGUGCGCGUGUGAUAAAAUUAAAACAUGGGUGGCAAUGGCAAGCAUAGGUGGAAAAUCUCCUUUCAUCGUUCUUCCUCUCACUCAAAGCUGGAACCAAAACACCCUCCCAAGGAGUUCUUAUGUCCCAUUUCCGGGUCCUUAAUGUCCGACCCGGUUGUCGUCGCUUCGGGUCAGACCUUCGAACGCCUCGCCGUCCAAGUCUGCACUGCUUUGAACCACUCUCCCAUUCUGGAAGACGGGUCCCGACCCGAUUUCUCAGCUGUCAUCCCCAAUUUGGCCAUUAAAACAACCAUCCUCAACUGGUGCGACAAAUCCGGUACCCAACACCCGCCCGCACCUGAUUACCCCUCCGUGGAGAGGCUCGUCCGGGAAGCAAUGGCGGCGGAGACUGCGGCGGUAGAGGCUCAGGAAGACCGAAUUAGGGUUUCCGAGAAGGAGCUGCUCAAGGCGGUGGCGGAUACCCCGCCGGUGAUUUUCUCCCACGCCGCCACCGAGUUGGGACCACGAGUCAACCACUACAACUCGGGAUCGUCGUCGGAGGAAUCGGUUAUAAUCGCGGCGAGUCCGGGAACCCCCUUGCCGCUGACGAUUCGCCCAACGUGCUUCUCUUUCUCCUCGUCGUCCUCCUGCGAGAUCGAAAUCCAAAACCCUAGCAUACCGGCAUCGGAAGAGGAAGAGAAAUUGGUGAACAAGCUGAGGAGCAGCGAGGUUUUCGAGCAAGAAGCAGGGGUAAUCUCGCUGAGGAGCAUCACGAGGAACAGGGAGGAGACUAGGGUUUCACUGUGCACGCCGCGGUUGCUAUUGGCACUGCGUUCGCUGAUUUUGUCUCGAUACGCCGUCGUUCAGGUCAAUUCGGUGGCUUCGGUGGUCAACCUUUCGCUGGAGAAACCGAACAAGGUGAAGAUCGUGAGGUCAGGGUUCAUCCCCUUCCUCAUCGACGUGUUGAAGGGGGGAUCCAAUGAGUCGCAGGAGCACGCUGCGGGCGCGCUCUUCAGCUUGGCUUUGAACGAUGAUAACAAGAUGGCCAUUGGGGUUCUCGGCGCGUUGCAGCCACUCAUGCACGCGCUGAGGUCCGAUUCUGAGCGGACUCGGCAUGACUCGGCUCUCGCGCUGUAUCACCUCACUCUGGUUCAGAGUAACCGAGUCAAGCUCGUGAAACUCGGGGUGGCCCCCACGCUGCUUUCGAUGGUGAAGUCGGGGACAUUGGCUAGCCGGGUUUUGCUGAUUCUGUGCAACCUUGCGGUGUCCACGGAGGGACGGACGGCGUUGCUGGACGCCAACGCGGUGGAGUGCUUGGUGGGGUUGCUGAGGGGGAACGAGUUGGACUCGGAGGCGACUCGGGAGAACUGUGUGGCGGCGCUGUAUGCGCUGAGUCACAGGAGCUUGAGGUUCAAAGGGUUGGCGAAGGAGGCCAGGGUUGUGGAGGUUUUGAAGGAGAUUGAGGAGACGGGAACGGAGAGGGCUAAAGAGAAGGCCAAGAGAGUGUUGCAGAUGAUGAGGACUCAGAAUCAAGAGGGUUUGGACUUUAAUGAGGUUUUGGAAUCGGGCGGGUUGACUCGAACCAGGAACCGAGUUGGUGGUGGGAGGAAUGCCAACCUUGUCAACACAACUACAUUUUAGGUUUCUGGUUUUUAUUUUAAUUUCCCCCCUAAUUUCUGGUUUUCUUUAUAAAAUUUGUUGGUUCAGGUUCAGUAGGAAAAGAGAUUAAUUAUUAUUGAUGAAAUUUGUGAGUAGUUUAAGGGGAUUGAAAGUAGGAUGGGACUUAAUUGCGAACUAGUGUAUAUAUUGGGUUUCUGGGUUUGGGGUGUAAAUCAUGGUGGUGGCCAUUUCACGCUCACUAUUCUGCCUUUUUUUUUAUUUUAUUUUUAAAAAAGCUUAUGUUGAGUUAUUUAGUCUGUAAUCAGCGUCUAGGUGAAUAUUUGUACGCUAACGUGUACAUAAUUAUACAAAAUUGUUUACUUUGGUGCACGCGAAGAACAGAGAUCUGUACAGUGAUUUGUGACUUUCUGAAU